AUGUUCCCCAGCCCGGUGGCCAGCAGCACGCCUUUCUCGGUCAAGGACAUCCUCAGCCUGGAGCAGCAGCAGCAGCAGCCCGGCGCCUUGGCCUCGCUGGAGCUCUCGGGCCUGGCCUCGCCGCCGCCCUCUUGCAUGCUGGCCGCCUUCAAGCAGGAGACCUACCCGCCGACGGCCCAGGAGGCGCCCAAGGGCAACGCGCCUUUCCCCGACGGCCCCUUCUACGCCCACAUGGACGCGGCCAAGGAGCCCAAGGCCGACAAGAAAGAUCUGUGCGCCCUGCAGAAGUCCCUGGAGCAGGAGAAGAGGGAGGCCGAGGAUCCCGAGCGGCCCCGGCAGAGGAAGCGCCGGAAACCCCGCGUGCUCUUCUCGCAGGCGCAGGUGUACGAGCUGGAGCGCCGCUUCAAGCAGCAGAAGUACCUCUCGGCCCCGGAGCGGGACCACCUGGCCAACGUGCUGAAGCUGACUUCCACGCAGGUGAAGAUCUGGUUCCAGAACCGCCGCUACAAGUGCAAGCGGCAGCGGCAGGACCAAAGUCUGGAGCUGGUGGGCCUCCCCCCUCCGCCGCGGCGCAUCGCCGUGCCCGUGCUGGUCCGCGACGGCAAGCCCUGCCUGGGGGACUCCUCGCCCUACAGCUCCCCCUACAACGUCAGCCUCAACCCCUACCCCUACAGCGCCUACCCGCCCUACAGCGGCUACAACGGCGCCGCCUGCAACGCCACCUACAGCUGCAGCUACCCGGGCGUGCAAGGCGUCCAGCCCGCGCCCGCCGGCGGCAACUUCAUGAACUUCGGCGUGGGAGACUUGAACCCCGUGCCCACCUCCAUCCCGCAAGGGACCGCGGGCAUGGCCACCUUGCACGGCAUCCGCGCCUGGUAGGAGUCCCGGAGCCGUCGUCCCCA